AUGGCUGCAGUUACAUGGAAUGGAACACAAGAGGAUCUGUAUCAGAAGAACGAAUCUGUUGUACUACCCUCCUCUUGGAGUGACAUAUACUCACUUUCAGCUUCGACGAAUCUGCUAUGCGUAGCUCAGUAUGGCUUGCGGAAAGCUGAGGUGACUUAUAUGACAGACCAAACCACUGGUACUCGCCAAGUUCAAGUUCAUGAACUUGACCCGACAUUUUUACGAUCAUUGGAAGGUCUCACAUCUGAAACCCUUUCAAACGCAAUUUUGGAUUCGGUAUCCGCAAGCGGGCUGGUUGUUAGCGCUCUAUAUCCCAAUCCAAAUGCUAAUGUUAUCGUUGUCAACGGGCCGAGUGGGUCGGAAGCCGGAUAUUUCCCAACGAACGCAGACGCCUUUUUCACGAUAAUGACCCAACGAUACCCUCCUGUCAACGGGUCCAUCAUGUCGACUUGGUUUGAUCCAGAAUUCCUGCAAAACGCCUCGAGCGAGUUUUUGACCUCUGUCGCUGCUCAGUUUGCUUCCCGGUAUCUAAGAGACACCAAUAACACUGUUCUCGGAACCGCGGAGGUGAUUGAACCGAGAUCGGUAGUGCUAUCAGCUGUCUUCUAUGCUAUUGAGGCAUUAUUGGGGCUUUUUACCCUUGCCGCCCUUGCGCUCGCAUGGCCUGCAUCCAAAAGCGUUACCCCUAUAGAUCCGGAUUCCAUCGGUGGGACGACCGCCUUGCUCUGCUCUGACGGCGAGUUGACUGACCGCUUCCGGGGGACUGGAUCCUACACGCUGUCGGACCUUCGAAGCCACCUGCUGGGCGACGAUCAAGCUAAUAAGCGAAUGGACACCUCUCGGCCACACAACUUUGGAAGGAAAAUUAAAUUCAGAGAUGGCCACAGCGCUGACGAUCGCAAUGCUGGCGGCCUUUCGUAUUCCGACCCUUCCUUCGCGAGAUUAUCUUGGUCGUCCCCCUUCUUGCAAAUGCCGCCUUGGAGGUGA